GGGAGGGGGCUCCAUCCAAAGCCCGUUUUCUCCCCGCAGCCGCCUCGGUAGAGAGGGGGGGGCGGCCCCCGCUACACCCCAGCGCUGGAUGCGGCGGGACCCCCUUGGGGGGCUUUGGGGGAACCCCCCAAAAUAGCUGGGGGGGUCCCGGGGGUCCCGAUGGAGGUGGGGGGGGGCCGCCGGCUGCGGAUCCUGGAGGAUCUCAACAUGCUCUACAUCCGCCAGAUCGCCGCCAGCAUCCAGGAGCCGGAGCUGCAGCGGGCGCUGGAGCGGGCGCUGCGGGUGCGGGAGGGCGCCCGGCGGCUGCUCCCCGCCUGCAGCCGGCCCGAGCAGGCGCUGGAGACCACCAAGACCCUGGUGCUGUGCGAUGCCAGGGUGGUCGCGGCCGGGGGCGAGCUGCAGCGGCGCCAGGAGGCCCGGCUGAGGGGAGCCCGGCGCCCCUCGGAGGGCGGGCCCGGGGCUGAGCGGGUGCCGUGCCGGGGCACCGUCUGCAUCUCAGAUCUGCGCAUCCCGCUGAUGUGGAAGGACACGGAGUACUUCAGGAACAAGGGGGAGCUGCACCGCUGUGCCGUGUUCCUGCUGCUGCAGGUGGGGGCCGAGAUCCACGACACCCCCACGGUGCUGGUGGACAGGACCCUCACCGACAUCUGCUUCGAGGGAGCCGUGCUCUUCUCGGAGGCGGGCCCCGAUUUCGAGCUGCGGCUGGAGCUGUACAGCGCGGGGCUGCCCGGGGGGGCGCAGGGCAGCACCCCCAAAAGGCUGGCCACGCGCCUCGGCAGCUCCCUGGGCCGCGCCUCGGGCCGCCGGGCACGGGCAGCCACCGAGGGGACACCGGGCAGCCCCCCGGGCACCGGCGGCACCGGCACGCUGCUACCGCCGCCCGGCGUGCCGUGUCCCCGGUUCCAGCUGCUGGCGCACGCCGCGCUCUCCCUGGCCCAGGUGCACGACGGGUUCCGCACCCACGACCUCGUCAUCGCCGCCGACGAGCAGAGCCCCUGCUGGGUGCCCCUCUAUGGCCGCAUGUGUUGCCGCUUGGCGGCCCGGCCCCGCUGCAUGGACACCCCCGCAGCGACAGGGACACUGCGGCUGCAGGUGAGGGACACCGGGGGACACCGGGAGGGGCACCGGGAGUGGCACCGGGAGUGGGAGAGGGGGGUCUCUGGGGUUCUCUGGGCUCUCUGGGGGUCCCUGGGCUCUCUGGGGGUCCCUGGGGGUCUCGGGGGUCUCUGGGCCCCCUGUGGCCCGCCCCCAGCCCUGCCGGUGCCGCAGGACACGCGGGUGCGGGCGCUGGAGGGGGGGGCCCGCGGGCAGCCCCCCGGGGUGGCUGUCACCAACCGGCUGGGCGGGGAGGAGGUGACACACGCGCUGCUGGCCGAGAGCCCCGGCGAGGCACAGCGCUGGCUGCAGGCCUUCGGGCAGCACCUCUGCGACCUGGGUGAGCCGGGACCCCCGGGACCCCCCCCCCGACCUGCGGGAGCCCCCACCACCCCUGAGAGACCCUGCCCUGUGGGACCCUCCCGGCCCUGUGGGACCCUCCGUGCUGCCCCCUCCGCGCGGCACGGGGGGGCUCCCCGCGCCCCCGGCCCCCCCCCGUGGCUCUCGCUCUUCGAGGGGCCCCCCCUGCGCAGCCCCAGCCCCCCCCGCCGCCGAACCCUGUCCCUGGACGCCCGGCUCAGCACCCUGAAAGGGUGGGUGCUCAGGGUCUAA